AUGAGUUACCACUUCAUACCCAGUAGGAUGGUUAUAAUCAUCGAAAGACAACUGUUGGCAGCUGAGUAUGUCCCAGAGAAGGUGAAGAAAGCUGAAAAGAAAUUAGAAGAGAAUCCAUAUGACCUUGACGCUUGGAGCAUUCUCAUUCGAGAGGCACAGGUUUAGUGAUAUAGGAUUACAUUUCCUUCUCUAUGGGUCCAAUCACACUACUUGGUUCUGCAGUAAAUAAUAUUUUCAUAAUCCUAACAUUGUAAAUGCUGUUUAUUGGUUUUCAAUUUUAGAAUCAACCUAUAGACAAAGCACGGAAGACUUAUGAACGCCUUGUUGCCCAGUUCCCCAGUUCUGGCAGAUUCUGGAAACUAUACAUUGAAGCAGAGGUUAAUAUUUUAUUUUAUUUUUUCUUAUAUAGCAUCUGAUGGGAAUUGCAGCAUACACUAGUGUGAUAGAAAACAAGUUAGGAACAUAGAUAGCACAACUAGGACAAGGAGGAUUUAAAUGUCUCUUGCCUUUAUUUUGUAAAAUAGGUAUGAAGGAGUAAUUAAAGUGAAUUUUUGAAAUUUGGGUCUUUACAAGUUGAUGAUUGUUGCAUUUUGGAGUUGCAACAACAUUAAAACAGUUUCAAUGGUA